AUGGCGGAGGGUCCGAGGAAGAGGAGCUGCAGCAGAGGCGGACACUCCGAAAACGGGGAGUCCGAGAAAGGAGGUGCAAGCCCCGGGGUGGCUCUGAAGAAAGAGAUCGGCCUGGUCAGCGCUUGUGGCAUUAUUGUGGGCAACAUCAUCGGAUCGGGGAUCUUUGUGAGUCCUAAGGGAGUCCUGGAGAAUGCUAGCUCGGUGGGUCUGGCCCUCAUUGUUUGGGUGGCCACAGGAGUCAUCACCGCCAUCGGCGCUCUGUGUUAUGCAGAGCUGGGCGUGACCAUCCCAAAGUCUGGGGGAGAUUACUCCUAUGUUAAGGACAUCUUUGGAGGGCUUGCUGGGUUCCUGCGUCUGUGGAUCGCGGUGUUGGUGAUUUACCCCACCAACCAGGCUGUGAUCGCCCUCACCUUCUCUAACUACAUCCUGCAGCCCCUCUUCCCCUCCUGCCUCCCGCCAGAGAGCGCCCUGCGCCUGCUGGCCGCCGUCUGCCUGCUGUUGUUGACAUGGGUGAACUGCUACAGCGUGCGCUGGGCCACCCGGGUCCAGGACAUUUUCACCGCCGGCAAGCUUCUGGCCUUGGGCCUCAUCAUAGUCAUGGGCCUGGUGCAGAUCUGCAAAGGUCACUAUUAUUGGCUGGAGCCAGAGCACGCCUUCGAGACCUUUCGUGACUAUGAUGUCGGCCUGAUCGCUUUGUCAUUCUUGCAAGGCUCCUUUGCUUAUGGAGGCUGGAACUUCCUCAACUAUGUGACGGAGGAGCUGGUCGACCCGUACAGAAAUCUGCCCCUCGCAAUCUUUAUCUCCAUACCUCUGGUCACGUUCGUCUACGUCUUCGCCAACGUGGCCUAUGUCACCGCCAUGAGCCCCCAGGAGCUGCUGGCCUCCAAUGCUGUGGCGGUGACAUUUGGAGAGAAGUUGCUAGGAGUAAUGUCAUGGAUCAUGCCCAUCUCUGUGGCCCUCUCCACCUUCGGGGGGGUCAAUGGCUCCCUCUUCACCUCCUCGCGACUGUUCUUUGCUGGAGCAAGAGAAGGCCAUCUUCCACGUCUUCUGGCGAUGAUCCAUACCAGUCGCUGCACCCCAAUACCAGCCCUGCUGUUCACUUGUAUCUCCACAUUGCUGAUGCUGUGCACCAGUGACAUCUACACCCUCAUCAACUAUGUGGGCUUCAUCAACUACCUCUUCUAUGGUGUCACUGUCGCGGGUCAAAUCGUCCUGCGCAUUAAGCAGCCUGAUCUGUAUCGACCUAUUAAGGUGAGCCUGGUCUGGCCCGUCAUCUACCUGCUGUUCUGGGCCUUCCUGCUCAUCUUCUCCCUCUACUCAGAGCCUGUGGUCUGCGGCGUCGGUCUCGCCAUCAUGAUGACCGGCGUCCCCGUCUACUUCCUGGGCAUCUCUUGGGAAAAGAAACCAAAGUGCUUUGACAUUGCCAUCGGUAAGAUUACGCAUCUGUGCCAGAAGUUCUGUGUCGUCGUUUACCCGGUCAUGGAGGAGAGUCUGGAGUCUCACAGACCUGAAAGCAAAGGGGAGGAGGAAAACACUCCAGAAACAUCUGACUGAACAUUUUCACAAAGAG